GCAGGUUUCCUCCAUCGUCGUCGGGCACCGAGCCGGAGAUAGUCUGCCUCUGCAGUUCGAAAGGAGGAAACUCACUUUUCCGCGAACUAUUCGACGCACGAAACCCCGUCCAUCAUCUCAACUGUGAACUCGGAGCAGUGUGCGAGCCUUCGGUGAUCGUGUCGAAAUAUUCUACUUUCCGAAUUCCGGCCAAUUCCUUGGUCGCACCGGUGAACCACGAUGGCUGAGAGCAAACCAGAAGUCGACUCCGAAUUGGAUAAUCUGCUGGAUUCAGCCCUCAACGAAUUCGACGCUCAGAAGGAAAGUGAAUCGCAGAAGGUCGCGCAAGCGAGUGCAGCGGAGUCGUCCGCGGCGGCAGCAUCAGCAGCAGAUCUCACCGACAACCCGGCCGCGUUCGGACUGAACAUCGAUCAGAUGCGGGAAUCUCUCAGUACGUUCAUGAAGGGGAAUCCGAUGCUGAACGCCGAGAAUGCCGGCGAAGAUUCCGAGUUGGCCAAAGCCAUGCAGGAAACGCUGGGGCUCUUCACGAAGUCACUCGACCGAUUCCAAGAGCAAGGCGGCGAAUUCAACCCCGAGGAUUUCCUCAGUGACGUCUUCAAGAACAUGAACGUCGAUGGAGCAGAACCGCUCGGAGACAUGUUAUCCCAUGGACUCGAUGAGGUGCUGACCAAGAGCCUUCUGUAUCCAGGUCUGAAGGACAUCCACGAUAGUUUACCGAAGUGGAUCGACGAGAAUCGCGAGAAACUCUCCGAAGAUGAACUGGCGAAAGUUGAAUCGCAGAACGCCCUGGUGAAGCAAAUUAUCGAGGAGUAUGACAGCGAGAAGGACGACGGACUCGAAAGAAAGUGAAGGCAGACAGACAACGCCGCAUCCUCGAGUUGCUCAGUAAGAUGCAAGCUCUCGGAGAUCUUCCGGCGGAACUAUUAUGUAAACAGCCAGGGAUGGACAUCCCCGGGUUCGGAGACGGAACAGAUGCGAUGCCUCCGGAAUGUGCGCAACAAUAACCCCUGUGACCUGAGACUUCCUCAUUUCGUCUAUGGCGAGAAUGCUGAAAGCGGCCGCGUAGCCGAUUACUCGCGUCUUUCAUGUUAAUCCCACAGCGGUGAUAAGCUACAAGUUUGAAUUUUUCUAGAAGAUCUACCAUGACGAGCGUUGUUGUGAGAAAUAAAAAGAGACUAUUCUGAAACAAGA